GGUACACUCAGCUAAUAUGGAUGUAAGAUCCCAAGCGAGUUAAUUGUCCACAACACAACUAAGGAAUUUUGGAAUUGGAUUUACCUGCGAUUUUCAUCUCUCUCUUCUCCAAGACACCAUGGCUACCGGCGUAGCUUCGAUUUCAAUCUCAGGUGCAACUUAUCGCAAGUCCAGUGAUCUGUGCUUUCCAGAAACUAGGUUUCUUGGUCAAGCAUCGGAAGUUUCUAUUAAGAGGAAAUGCAGUCAGAAGCUGGCAACUAAGAAGCUAUUUGUUUGCAGCCAGUAUGAUGACAGCAGAGGUGGAGGAGGUGGUGGUGGUGAUUUUGCUGCUGGAUUUCUUCUUGGAGGUGCUAUUUUUGGUACUCUGGGUUAUAUUUUUGCUCCACAGAUCAGGAAAGCCAUACUUAAUGAAGAUGAAUAUGGUUUUCGACGUGCCAAGAGACCCAUAUAUUAUGAUGGUGGUUUAGAGAAAACAAGACAGACCCUGAAUGAAAAAAUUAGCCAACUGAAUUCUGCAAUUGACAAUGUUUCGUCUCGGUUAAGAGGUGGGAACAACAUGCCUCCUGUUCCUGUCGAAAGUGAUCCUGAAGAAGCUACCAUGUAAGAUCUUUUCAAGGUUUGUUUAAUGAACAAUGAAUAAAAAUAGAAAUGUUUUGGAUGGAGCUCCUCUUAUGUACUUGCUGGAUUUGUUAUUUGUGUUUGCUAUACGACUUGAAAGUGUAAUACUAGUAAUAGUACUUUCUCAUCAAUCAUUUUAGACGAUCAAAUUCUGAAAUUGUGCACUUGAUUAUG